AUGUCAUUCCGUCUCUCUCAAGCUUACGUCCCAACAGACUACGAACUCCACAUCAAGACUGAUAUCAAGAGCAAGAAGUUUGAUGGUGAAGUUAAAAUCACUUUCAAGAAGAAUGAAGCUGAUGCAAAGGUUGCUGAACUUCACGCCGAUGCAUCAAUGGAAAUCAAGAGUGUUACACAGAAUGGUGCUGAAGUCAAAUUCGAACGCACCAACAACCGUCUUAACCUUCUUGGUGAGAAACUCAACGAAUCACCUGUAAUCAUCCAAUAUAUCGGCUCUCUUGACCGUCCGAACACAGGUUUCUACUACAUUAACGACACGACUGCAUGCACACAGCUCGAAUCUACACAUGCACGUGAAGUUUUACCAUGUUUUGAUGAGCCAUGCAUCAAGACAACAUUUAAGUUCUCAUUGACCGCACCAGCCGAGCUCAAGCAGUUCUCCAACACUCCUGUUGAGUCAUCAGAAGUCAAUGGCGAGUGGAAGACCUGCCAUUUCGUUAAAACACCAGUUAUGUGCUCAUACCUCUUCGCCAUCGCUGUUGGCAACUUCGUAACCGUCGAAGGGGCCACAAAGCGUGGUCUUCCAGUCAUAAUUGGCGCUACACCAAAUUUGAGAAUUUUCAUGGACGCAGCACUUGAAGAAUGCAUCAAAUACGUCGAGUGGUACGAAGACUUCACACACGUCAACUUCCCACUCCCAUGUCUUCAAGUUGUCGCUGUUCCAGAAUUUAUUAUGGGCGCCAUGGAGAAUUUCGGACUUAUCCUUGCCAGAGAAAGCUGCUCUCUCGGCCAUCCAAAGCUUACCCCAUUAGUUGGCUUCAUUCGUGCCAUGGAAGUCAACUGCCACGAAAUUGCUCACCAAUGGGCCGGAGACUGUGUUUCACCAAAGUGGUGGGACAGCAUCUGGCUCAAUGAAGGCUUUGCUACAAUCUUCCCAUCCAUCAUUUUCCAGGAUCUCCAUCCAGAAUGGGAUUAUUGGGGCAAUUUCUUCCUUACAGACAAUACAUACGCUUACGAGGUCGACCAAUCAAUGACAACUCACCCAAUUCAAACAACAUGCAACAGCGAAGCCGAAAUCGAAGGUUCAUUUGAUGAUGUCGAAUACUCCAAGGCUGGCGUCUUCAUCAAGAUGCUCAUGUACCACCUUGGACGCGACAGAUUCAGAGACUGCCUCAGAGUUUACUACAACAAGUUCCUUUACUCGAAUGCCGAUACAAACGACAUCCAAGCAGUUUUCUCCGACGUUCUCAAGGAGGACAUGAAGCCAUUCUUCGACUGCUGGACACGCCAGGCCGGCUUCCCACUCAUUACCCUCGAAGACGACGGAUAUCUCACUCAGAAGAGAUUCACAAUCAACGGUCUCAAGGAUGGCCAGAAGUGGAUUGUCCCACUCUUCAUAACCGUUGGCCGCAAAGAUGGAAAAGUCGAAGAAGUCAAAAUUGUCAUGACAGAAGAAAGGAUGAAACUCGAAAUUGAGGGUGAAUACGAAUGGCUCAAGCUCAAUACAAACCUCCGCAGCUUCUGCCGUACACUUCUCAAAGGUCAUCACCAAGAAAAUCUCAUCAAAGCAAUUAAGGCAGGAAAAGUCUCUUCAUACGACAUGUUCUCCGCUCUCAACGAUAUGCACGCAUGCGCUAAGGCAGGUGUUGUCUCUUACAAGGAAGUCGUCGAAUUACUUAAAGCAUACGAAGGCACAAAGGAGCCAUUACCACUUAUCGAGUGCGCCAAUGUCUUCACAAGCAUCUACCACAACUUCCCAGCCAUCCACGAGAAGAUUAUCCCAUUCGCUCAUAGAUUCCUCGAAUCCGCUCUCAAAACAGUCGGAAUGGACAACACAGGCGUUACAUCUUUACUCGCCGCUAAGCUUAGAGCACAAAUUCUUACAGAACUCGCAUUUAAUUAUCGCAGCGAAAUUGCAAAGGAAUACGGUAUCAAAUUAUACAAGGAAUACAUGGCCCGUGGCGAUUACCUUCUUCCAGAAGGAUUCGACAUGGAUGUUCUCUUGUUUGUCCUCAAAUGCGGAAAUCUUUUCGUCGAAGGUGGCAGACAAUACAAUAUCGAUGCAAUCAUCAAAUCUAAGAACCCAGAUGUCUCUAGAUCCAGCAUUGCCGCCCAAACAUUCGUUAAAGACGAGGAAAUGGACGAAAUGUUACUCAGCAUCUUAAAUGCAAAGAGACAGAACAUGCACAUCAUGUACAGAGUUGCUUGCACCGCUCCAACAGUAGGAAAGCACGCUUGGAACUUCUUCAAGAACAACGCUCAGUUCUUUAUCAAUUUAUUCGCUACUACAUCCUUCAUUUUACCUUCAAUGGUCGAGGCUGUCAUGGAAACAGCUGAGACAAGCGAAGAACUUGAAGAAAUGAUCGAAUGGUUCAACAAGAACCCAAUCGAGAUCUGCAAGCCAAUGGUUGUUAAAAUGGCUGACGAUCUCCGCCAGAAGUUCCAGACACAGGCAAAGUUCGCUGCAGAAGUUGCCGCUGCUAUCGAUAGCGCGUAA